AUGGACGAUAGUGACUGCACUUCGGAGGGGUGUGUCGACUAUGAUGCACAAUCACCAUCGCCACCAUUAGUGAUAUGGACAAGCAGAAGGGCAGUUCCACCGCCAGCUACAUUACCUUACAAUGCACCUUACACAGCUCUAUACCCCGCAAACCACGAUAGCGGUGAACAAAUAGCGACCGCACAGGUCUCCUAUAGUUCUAUUCAGGGUUUCUCAUUCAGUUCUUGGAACACACAAACGUCUUCCUUCGGUGUACUUCAAGAUUAUCGGCUGAAGAGCGUUGCUGACAACGUCAUGGACCCCCGACCCGACAUCCAGAGGGCGAAAGAUACAAAGCCCAGUGAAGCUCCAACCACAGCUGUCUUAAACCCAUGUUUGGAUCCCAUGACAUUGGCAAUGGACGACGAUCACUGUACGCGAGACAACAGUAAAGCAACUGUAAACUAUUCCGUUCCCGUUUCAGAUCACUACACAGGCAGUGGGAACGUAACGUUAAACUCGGAGUAUAGCAAUUUCUCAAGCAAUGCUGGCAAUGUUAACGUUAACGGAGGCCGCAGAGUACAUAUUGCCGGAUAUGUGCCAGUGUCUUCCCAAGUGGCUAGCUUACCUGAGGAUCCCAAGAAUCACAAUCGUGAAAGGAUCAACAAUCAUCACACCUCAGAGCCGUUUUCUGAGGCAGUUUGUCAACUUCAAACUAACCAUCGUCAACCGGAAAAGUCACUCUGCGAGGAAACCGGGAAGUCACCUGAUCGCCGGCAUGAUCCGCUAGAUCGUGGACAUUCACAUCCUGGAGAAAAAACGUAUAAACGUAAGCAUUGCGAUAAAUUCUUAUCUACUCAGUCUUGCGUAACAUCUCAUGAAUGUCCACAUCCUGAAGAGAAAUCGCUCGAUUGUAACUUGUGUGAUAAAACGUUCAAUAAGCUACCUCAUCUUACACGUCAUGGACGAGUUCACUCUGUUGAGAAACCAUUUCCGUGCAAAUACUGCGCCAAGCCGUUCGGUGACAAAUCCGCUCUAAAUGUUCAUGAACGUAUCCAUACCGGAGAGAAGCCGUUCAGGUGUGGUUACUGUGAUCAAAUGUUUCGCCGUAAUACCCAUCUUAGAGUUCAUGAACGUACCCAUACUGGAGAGAGACCAUACAAGUGUAAAUCGUGCGAGAAGUCAUUCACGACGAAAUCAGAUCUCACCGUGCAUCAACGCAUCCAUACUGGAGAGAGACCAUACGAGUGUAAAUCGUGCGACAAGUCAUUCACGACGAAAGCAAAGCUCACCGUGCAUCAACGCAUCCAUACUGGAGAGAGACCACAGAAGUGUAACUUGUGUGACAAGUCAUUCACGACGAAAUCAAAUCUCACAGUGCAUCAACGCAUCCAUACUGGUGAGAAACCAUACAAGUGUACAGCAUGUGGCAAAGACUUCCGAACAAUAUCAACUCUCGCAAAUCAUCAACGAAUCCACACUCCUGAGAGAACCUGAUCAAGUGUCAGCUAUGGUGACAAGUCUUUCAAUUUGAAAAACAACAUGGAAGACCAUGCAAAU